GAGCGGCCCUAUAAAAGCCGUGUGCAGAGCAGAGCAGUCGGCGUUGCAGUCGACAGAGGUAACAAUCGGGAACGCAUUUACGAAUCGGGUAGGAUUUUUGGGAAGCUAGGAAAAUAAGAAAAUGUAUAAGGAUUGGUAAUUAUAAGUAAUUUGACGCGUCUUGUUCUCAUAAUAGGUAUUUUCGAAAUUUGUAAAUAUCAGUGUUGGAUUUCUAGGGUUGUCGCCGCAUUUCAAAGAAACUCUCGCUCGCAUCAUUCUCGUUUCAACGCUCAAAUGAAAUGGAUGUGUUAUUUGUUACUCUGAUCCUGCUUAAAGUGAAAAACUAAAAUGAACCAAUCCGAAAACCGCCAAUUUCUCAUAAAAAGAAAAUGUGAUUUAAACGAAAACUGAGUUUUUCGGUUGAAAACAGAAUCGAUCGGCUGAGAUUCUCGGAAAACACACAGACUUGCUGAGAAACGUUCAAAGAUUUAUUAACGCGUGUUUUUGUGUUAUUUUGCGGCUUUGGAUCUCCGGAUGAGUGCCGUUUUUUAUUCAAAUUGCCCGUUGAUUACAAGCCGAGCUCACUCACACUCGCACACAUACACACUGACACGCUGACUUUACCGAUAAAUGAGUGGAGCAGCGGAUGCACGCAGCAUUUACAGUUGCCCGCAAAGCUCCAAUGUGCCGUCUAAUUAGAAAUGAUUUAAUUUCAAUAGCUAUUUAAUAAAACGAAUUUACGAAACGAAACGCGAAAAAUGAAAAACGAAACGACGACGCCGAGUUGAGUGCCCCUCUUGUGUUUGUAUGUAUGUAUGUACGUAUGCAUGUGUUUGUGUAAUUCGCCAUACUUCUUCAAUUCAAAGAACAGACAGAAGAAGAACACAACAAGGCAAGACAUACUUGAGAAAAAAAAAAAAAUGUAAAAAAUAAAAUAAAAGCAGCAACAACAACUAUUCCUAUCAACUGCGCGAUCGUUCUCUUUUCUCUCCCUCUCUCACUCUCUCUCUCUCUUUCUCCGCUUCUCAGCGCUCUGUUGCUGUGCGCGUGUGUAAGCUCUUCUUGCGAGUGUAUAGGUAUGUAUGUGUACAUAAGCAAGAGAAACAACAAAAAAAAAUAUGUCUAUAUAUACUACGCUCAAUUUUCCCUAUAUUUUGCGCCUGCCAAUAAGCGGUUCUUUGGCGGAGUUGCCACACUGGGUUGCGGGAUCGUGGAAUUUUUAAUUGGAAUUGGAACUGAACCGAACCGCGCUCUCGUUAGAAAAAGUUAACCCAUGUACGUAUUUAUGUGUUUAGUGUGUAGCAGAAGUAGCGGCAGCAGCAGCACAGGCCUGAUAAGACAGAGAAAGCAGAGACGCCGCUUAUCAACACGAAAACCGAACAAAAUGGGUCGGCUGUGGUUGCUGCGGCGGCCACAUUGUCGUGUAUUGUUGUUUUCUUGUUUCCCCCCCCGUUUUUGCACUAUCGCUUAAUAAUUGAAAUUAAAAAAGGCGGCUGGGGGAAAAAAACGCCUGAAUUACAGUGAGUGGCGGCGGCGAUACUAAUACUACUACUACUACUGUUUUUAGUGGGUGAGGGUCCAGUGUUUCACAUUGAUUUCUGUAUUUGUGACUAGAUCCACACUCAUUAAUAACGGUAGUUCAAUCAGCAAGGCCCACGUGCUGCCUAUACGAUAUCUGGGGAAAUAAUAUAUUUUCCCUUUAAAAUUCCCCUCCCCUUGAUUGCAUUUCCCUAUUAAGGGCCCAAAAACAGGUGGUAGUGGUUGACUUUGGAAGGGGUGGGGGGUGUGUACAAAAAAAAGGUAAAGAAACAAGGUAAUUAGUCAACGUCUCUCACGCACACAUCGUCACUGAGACAGAACGCUCCAAAGAGCACCUGUUCGAGUGCCCGAAACCGAAAGAGAUGGCGGAAGAGGAAGAGGAGGGAGGAUAAUGGAAGAGUGACAGCGGAAGAUCGACUUGAGUUAGUGAUGGCAGUCCACGAAAUUGGAAUUAAAAUUAAUGCUAAUGUGGAUCAUUUUUUGGUGUGUGUUUUCGGGCCAAGAACAACGGUAGAACAACAAAUUCUAAAUUAAUUACGGCUAAGGGAAAUUGUUGGAAUAACAAAAGGCGAAAAAAAAGGUUAAAAGUUCAUCCAGAAGUGGCUGAGACAGAGCAGUCUCUUUGUACAGUUUCGGAUGAAAUAUUAGUACUAGUAGUGAAAUAAUAGUGUUCAUUGAAAAGUUAAAAUAAAAAUGAGUAAAGUAAACAGUAUUCUUUAAUAAUUAUUUUAAAUUCCUCAUCCAUAACCUAUAUUUUAUAUUUUUUUCUUGGAAUUCUUGGAAGAUAUCAUCGCAUAGUUCGGAUUAAUAGUAAUAUACUCCCUCGCCUUGACAAACAAAUAAUAAUUUCCGCCGAAUCAUGUCGUUUCUCUGUAUGUGAUAUAUAUCAGAUUUUUUUUUGUCAAUUUUGUUUUUGGUUUUUUGUCUUUUUUUUUUAUUCCGGAUCAGCAGAAAUUCAAACUGCAACGACGCCACAAUUCUUAAACAAUUCUCAAAGACGAUUCUUCUGCCGUCGAGUGUCUAGGGGGGCCGCCGAUGACAAUAUUAUUGUAUAAAUCAGCAGAAAAACAGCCAAGCAAAAAAUAAUAAACCUUAAUUCGAUGCCCCAGAGCUUGAUUCAUUCAUAUUGCAGAAGAGGAGGUAGUGCUGGGGAUAGGGAGUGGGUGGGAGGGCCACCCAAUUGAGUUAUAUGUGAACCGAUCAAAUGAACGAUCGAAAUUGUUGCCAGGCACAAGACGAGAGCAAUGACAUGAACUGGAGCUCCAUAAGGAGGAGGACCAACUUGAAGCCGAAGCCUCCAAACCACAAGUCGUGCUCUGGCAAUGAGUGGAAAAGGAUUUGGGGUCUUUUUCUGACUCUAUUUUGUCGGCGAACAUGGAUCUAGUGCACGGUGUUUCAUGAUUAAGUUCGUGACUAGAUUUCAUGCUCGUCUAUUAAGUUGGGUCAGCACACCAAAGAGUCGGAUAGUGGAGAGUCAACUAACUCCCAUCCCUGCCCCAAAAGAAAAAACUCCUUCCACUCCGACCCGACUGAAGUGGCCAAUUAGCAGACGCAUUAAUUAUGGGAAAAAAAAUAUAUAUUUGGUUUGGUUUUUGGACCUCUUGCCUGAUUGACCCGUGACCCACAUAACGGCACACGCCCCGCAGCAAUAACUCCUAAAUGAGGGUGUAGUAUAUAAAAAAAAAAAAAAAGUCAAUGGCCUUUGUUAGCUGACACGCCCCUUUCUCAGCCCAACCCGCAUGCUGUGGAUUGGACAAAAUAAAGCAGUAGUAGCAGCUUUUUGCUGAUUUUUAGAGCCUUUAUCUGCCAAAUGGAGAGAAGUAGUGACUGCCACAGAAAACCCGUGACAGCCAACGGCCCACCAAUUUAUGGGUUGGUGACACGCGAUUAAAAAUCGAAUAACACUCUCGACAUACAUACAUAUACCCGUACAAUCCAAAAACCAAAACCAAAUAAAUGCAACCCAGAACUGCAACAGUCGGCGUGUGAAAAACUCAGCGAGGGUUGUAGCUGUGGCGCCUGCGGAAGACUGUUGCGUGGGCGUUUGACUGUAACUGUAAUAACUGUAACUGCAGCACCUGCUGCCAUUCCAGCCCCAGCACCACCACCAUUAACCCAACAAUUUCUCCGCUCUUCGUUCUCCGUACUCCGUACUCCAAUUUAAAUUUUCAGUUCGAAGGAAUGAAGCCGGAACACCUUUUAACCCCAGACCCCCAGCUAACGCCAGUCCAGCCAUUGUUAUUAGUAUAGUGGUGUAGUAUAGUAUAGUAUAGUAUGAACCUCCUACACUAUACGAUCGCAUUCGCAUUUGCUUCACGCUCAUUUAAGUGCGGAUGGAUGGAUGGAUGGUGGCGAAAAGCGGGGCAGGAGAGGCUUAUUUACAUAUUUUCUAAAUGAAUGCCACUCUUUCUGUUGGUUUGUUAUUAUAUUUUGUAGGUACUACUAGUUGGCAAGCCAAAGAGAAGCGCAUUCAGUUGCAACGGUGGCCUGCAGAAGCUGCAGCUGUCGUCGGUGGCUGCUUUCCCUGCACUGGAUUUCCACUUCCUCCAAUCGGCAAUCAGGAACACAGGCCAGCUACGACAAGAAGCCGUCAAACGCCGCAACUAAUUGAUAUAAUAGUUAAAAUAACAAACUAACGAGAAAGAGGCUGCUGGAUACUAGCCGCUGGACGCUGGAUGGGGGGAAAUGGAAUGGUGGUCGGGAGAGCAACUAACUGGAGGAGUCGCCGCCUCGCCGCGUUGCUGGUGAAGUGCAAAACCUUUCCAAUUUGAAAAUAGUUUUCCUGCUAUGUGUGCUCGUUCCCACAAGCGGCUGCAUCACAACAGCAACAACAACAACAACUUGCAACCUGCAAAAGUUCGCAGCAUCAGAACAACAAGCGCGGGGCUUCCAGAACCAACAAAGACGUCGCGGAUGAGAAGGAGCUGCCACAAGAAGCGAUUGGGGAAAAAAAAGAGGGGGAGCCAAGAUGACAAUGCAGCGAUUAAAGCAAUUUAAUUCUUUCCGCUCUUUUCAGAGCUACUUCCAAAGAAACUUGUAAUUUCAUUUGUAAUCACAUUUAUUAAAUUAAACUAAAAAAUGUAUCAUGCAUUUUUGUUUUGUUUUUUCUGAUUUAAAGGGGGUUAAAAUUUUAAGGUUUGCUUCUGCUAUACAGACUGCGGAAAAGUACGAAUCUGAAAAUUAUAAAUAUUCUUUGUAAAUAGUCUAUUUUUUUAUUUAAAAAGAAAAGUUUUUCAAGAUCGUUUUUAAAUCUGCCUCUGUAAACCUUUACAGUGGCUUAGAGCUGGUACAUUCAAAAGAAGCCUUUUCACCACAGUCGAUAUACGAUUUUCGAUAACUUCACCAUGGUGAAAUACUCUCAGGUGUGGUAACACUUUUUAUUAUAACGACUUUUCAAAUAUCUAAUAUUAUUUAAAACUAUUAUUUAAUACACUUUUUAAGUGCAGUUUUAUGGUAUAUAAGCCCAAUUUAAUUGUAGUGCGUUCUCAACGAGUGAUAAUUAGCUCUGCCCACUUAUAAAUAUGAAUGAGCCGUUGCGUGGGCCCUCGAUUAGAGCGCCGAAAUUCACUCACAAUGCAAACAUUAAUUAAAUGCUAAGUGCGAGCUUCUUGUGCCCACGCUAGCUGCUAGCUUGGCCCACAACUGCAACCGGCUUGUUUAUUUUGGCCCCCAAACGCUUUUCCUUUCGCGCGCACUGAGUGGGCCAACUUAACGUAACCAGAAGGCGGUUACUAUAAAUUAACCGUGUGUGUGCAAUAGCCAGUCGACGGUGAUUAACUUUUGGCCAUAUAAUCUACAUGGAUGCGGGUAUAUUUUAUGGCCAUUGUUGGGCUUUUUGUUUCUUAUUUUGCACACACAGUUUCGCAGGUGGGAGAAACAGCUAAGUCACGUCGUGGUCAAGUUUAAAAGUGUAACAGUUUAAAAGACCCAAAAAUGGCCAUGAACUGCUUUUGGCUGUGACUUGGGGAUUCGAUUUGAGGGCUCCUAGGGCCCCGACCUUCGCCUUUAGAUGGUAAUAUGGAACUGUGGAACUGGGGGUCUGUAAUGUGGGUAAAUGACCAGCACCACCCAAGUGGCUACGAAAUUGUGCCACCAAUCGAACACCCACGAGCCACUUGCUACUUUAAUUGAUUCAUAUUUAUAGCAUACACUGAGAGAAAUUAUAACUUUUUGUUACUUAAUUAGGAGUUAUUAAAAUCUUAAAUUGUAAUAUUUAUUUAUUAUUUUUUCUCUGUGCAUUUGCACCAAAUCUUCCCAAGUGUCUGACUGGCCAUUGUUAUUAUUUGCCGCCUUAUACGCUGCUCUCACUGUUCGUUUUCGACUUCUGUUUGCUAUUAACACGAUUUUGAGCCAUUUAUACAGGUGUACUUGACGUCGCUACUGGCUAGUGGUUGUAGUUUCGGCCAACAAUCCAACUACCGCAUUUCCCCAACCAAGCCAGCUUCAAUUUUUGAUCGCCACUCGGGGCGAACGGAUCGGUUUGGUGGCUUACUGACGCUCGGUUGGAGUAACUCCCAGUGCCAAUUCAGUUCCUGGACACACAGCAACAAACAGCAAACAAACAAGAAAACAUGAUGCGGAUAAUUGUGCUAGUGGUGGCCAUGCAGCUUCAUUGCCAGACAACCGACGUUGCGGCAAAUGUCACGGUGAUCGACGACAUUAGGAAUGCCUUCAGAGGCAUCACCAACGACACCGAACUGGUUGAUCACAUAAUUCCGGAAAUGUACGGGGCCAGUAUGAGGAGAGCGAAUCCUUUGUUUGUCUUCAAGAUGCCCACCCAGUCGGAAGGUGGCUCCAAGUUCGAGCUUCUCACAAUGCAGCGAUCCGAUUUUGCGGAGCCAAUCUUUCCCAAUGUCACCGAGGGACCAGUUGCUCCGGAGACGAGUGUCAAGACCAGCCUAGUGGCUGCCACACCACAGAUCCAGUGGCAGCAACUCGGCUUGGAUGGAUGGGUGGGGGAGCUGAAGCCGCCAGCUCCCUGGUUGGAGGAGAGCCACAAGGACACUUACUCCGCCAUCAGCUGGCAGAACUCGUAUCCUCGGGAUGAGAUACUCCUUGACCUUAAGAACCAACACUUUGAUGGUCGAGUCACGGAUAUUCGGGUCCUGACCGCUACGAAUGGGAAACCCGCGGAGAUGGAAGACCUGAGGAAUGGCCAGAACGUGUACAUAGCCCGGGUGAACGAUCCCUUCGGCUACUCCAUGAAGUGGCGCUUCAGCAACGCCACCAGAAAUGGAACAGAUUCCCAGGCGGAAGGCGAUCGUGGGAAGAGGGAUGUGGCCCGGUUGUACUCGAUGAUCAAGUGUUCCACGGGCUGUGAUCCGCUUAUCUACAAGGGAUACGGCUGCUAUUGCGGCUUCGGGGGACACGGAGUGCCCGCCGAUGGCAUCGAUCGGUGCUGCCGCCUCCACGACAAGUGCUACGGCCAGAGCAACUGCAUCUCCUACCUGGAGUACUUCGUUCCCUACAUAUGGAAGUGCUAUCGGGGCAAGCCGUUGUGUGCCGUGGAUCAUGGCGAGUUCGGUGGACCUGAUUCCUGUGCGGCGCGACUCUGCCAGUGCGAUUUGCGACUCUCCAGGUGCCUGAAGAAGUACUACUGCCCCCACAGAAGAUCCGUAUGCCACUCCUCCAGAUCUCGACGCCUACAAAACCUCAUUUUCUUCGAUUGAUG